AUGGCUUACGGCUACAUGAAUCUGAAGAAGCUGCCUUUCGACGCGUUCAUUCAAAGUCAGAAGGGAGGUCAUGGCCAAUACCUUACAAUCAUAGGUCUUGGUCUGGCUUUCCUUACCAUGAGUUUGGGCCUGUGUUCGGAUAUACUACCGGCUGUUUCUGCUUUCAAGGUGAUAAAGAGAAGCAUCAUCAUGGUUGCGUUGCCAAUUGGUAUUAUCGUGACUCCCGUAUAUUGGGGCCUAUUCUUGUUUUUCCCCGAGCUAAUUUUGCAGCCGCUACCUGACUCAAUGAUGCCUCGUCCAGAUGAGCUGGUACCUUCGGCAGCUAGUUCUCUAGACCAUUUGCAACGUAUACCCAUACAAGUUGAUCUGGCCCUACAUGCUUGUCCUGUCAUCGCCCUCUUGCUCGACUUUUAUCUCGUUGAACGGAAGUACACUCGUACACAGGCUGUGUAUGGCGGUCUCUCGGUAUGCGCUGUUGCUUGCAUCCUAUAUGGAUCCUGGGUUGAAUAUCUGGCGCCUUUCAAUGGCUCUUUCCCUUAUCCAUUCCUAACUGAGAAUCCGUUCAACGUUCGACUUGCAAUUUAUGCUGGCCUGAGUAGCUUCGCUCUAGUGAUGUUCUGGUUGAUGAAUGCCUGUCAUUGGAUGCACGAAUUUAACCAGUCCCUGAAGUAUGAUAAGCGCAUGUACGCUGCAGAUAUUACAGGCUCCAUAUCAUACGCACGGGCAUUAGCUCGCGCGAAGAUAUUGACAGAAGAGGAAAAGAUCAAACUUGUCAACGGGCUCGACACUGUGCGCGAGGAAUGGGAGCGAGGAGAGUUUCAAGUACAGCCUGGCGAUGAAGAUAUUCAUACCGCCAACGAACGACGAUUGAGUGAGAUCGUUGGACCCCUUGGUGGCAAACUGCACACUGGACGCUCCAGGAAUGACCAAGUUGCGACAGACAUGAGGCUAUGGCUCCUUGGUCAAGUUGAUGAUAUUGCGCAGUCGCUUAGAGGUCUCAUUCGCGUAAUGGUCGAACGGGCGGCCAAAGAAAAAAAUUAUCUGAUGCCUGGCUACACGCAUCUACAGCGCGCACAACCAGUCAGAUGGUCGCAUCUUCUUCUAUCUCAUGCCUUCCCUCUACAUGCAGAUCUCCAGCGUCUUGAACAGAUGAUCCCUCGCAUUUCCGUUCUGCCCCUCGGAUGCGGCGCCUUAGCGGGAAACGGGUUCCAGCUAGAUCGCGACUUCCUUGCUCAGGACCUUGGCUUCCAAUCUGUGGCUGAGAACAGUAUGUACGCAAUCAGCGACCGCGACUUCGUCGCUGAAUUCAUGAUGUGGGCGAGCCUGGCUAUGACGCAUUUGAGCCGGAUGUCCGAGGAUUUGAUCAUAUACUCGACAGCUGAAUUCGGUUUCAUCAAGUUGAGCGAUGCGUACAGUACGGGUUCAAGUAUGAUGCCGCAGAAGAAAAAUCCUGAUUCAUUGGAACUUCUGCGAGGAAAAACUGGUCGCGUCUUCGGAAAUAUGUCGGGAUUUAUGAUGUCAUUGAAAGGCCUGCCUUCCACUUACAACAAGGACCUUCAAGAGGAUAAGGAGCCACUUUUUGACACGGUAGACACGAUCUCAGCGUCGUUCAAGAUUGCAGAGGGUGUCAUCGCAACGAUGGAGGUUCAAGGAAAGGCGAUGUCCCGGGCGCUGCAGGCUAGCUCUGACAUGCUUGCGACCGACCUUGCUGACUAUCUCGUGCGCAAGGGGAUUCCGUUCCGAGAAACGCAUCACAUCUCUGGGCGAGCGGUCGCCCUCGCAGAGUCGAAGAAGUGCUCAUUACAGGAGUUGACGGUGACAGAUUUUCAGAGCUUGAGCGACAAAUUCGGCCCCGAUGUCAAGGAAGUGUUCGACUUUGAGCAUAGUGUCCAAAGUAGGAGUUCUAUAGGAGGCACGCAUAUCGGUAUGGUCGAGAGGCAAAUCGAGGUGCUCCGCGCGGCGCUAGCCAACCAGGCCCAGCAAGGAGGAGGCUACAACACCAGCACCGACUCCUACCCCAUGCAAUCUCAACGGGCCCCUUACUCUCAACCCGAUGCGAGCAACGACAGUAUCGACUCGGCUGCCAAGGAUGGCACUGCGCCUGCCAUGGACAGCAUGUCUGCCUUCUACAGCGAGAUCUCAUCCAUCCAAGACGACCUCCGGACAUUCAACGACAAUGUCGCCAGCAUUUCAGACCUCCACUCGCGCUCGCUAGACAACACGGACGAUGCAGCGGCGCAGCGCGUCGCCCAGCAGCUCGAUGAGCUCAUUGCGGACACCAGUGCACUGAGUAACAUGCUCAAACGAAGGAUAAAGGCGCUAGAGAAGCAACCCGGGUCAGGGAGAGACGGACAGAUUCGCAAGCAGCAGACGGGCUUGGUCAAGCAAAAGUUCGUCGAGGCAAUUCAGAACUACCAGGGCGUAGAACAACAGUACCGGACAAAGUACAAACAGCGUUUGGAACGGCAAUACAAGAUAGUCAAGCCCGAUGCAACGCCAGAGGAAGUCAGGGCGAUUGUUAAUGACGAUCAGGGUGGUCAAAUUUUCAGCCAGGCUCUCAUGAAUUCAAAUCGAUACGGUGAAGCACGGUCGGCAUAUCGUGAAGUUCAGGAGCGGCACGAGGACAUCAAGCGCAUCGAGAAGACAAUCACGGAGCUCGCGCAAUUGUUCAACGAUAUGAGUGUUAUGGUUGAGCAACAAGACGAGCAAAUCAAUGUGAUUGAGACAACGGCAGGAACAGUCGAGAAAGACACUGAGCUCGGCCUCCAAUACACAGAGAAAGCUGUGGUUUCUGCACGGGCGGCGCGGAAAAAGCGAUGGAUCUGCUUUAUUAUCUUCAUCAUAAUCAUUGCCAUUAUCGCCAUUGUUAUCGCCGUGGAGGUUACUAAGAAGAAUUGA